UGUAAUAACUCAGAUCGAAACACACUCGUGUGCGAGAGUUUUCGUUGCACACGUGGUUGCGUAGCUAUAAGGCUCUGUGCGUAGGUGCGUCUCCAGCUACGUAUAGUCUGCUGACGGCCGUAAAGUAGUCAAGCCGAGUUUCAUCGGAAAGUAGUAGUACAGGACAAGUUGACACCUGCGCCGACAUCGAUCAUUGUACUACGUGCGUGUUGUUCAGAAGGCGUACGUACAAGCCAGUUGCUCUCAAUGAUCGUGGAAAAGUACUUCCGCGAGUCGCAUCCUGAAAUCGAGCCUGCGCCGACGUGUCUACUCUCGACAGGACCAACAGCACCCACAUCCUCUCGACACUUGGUUCGUCGCGCAGGUGGAGGUAGCGCUCUCGUGGCCAGAAGCGGGACGAAUCGACGAUUCCGGCGCCUGCGGCUGCUGCAGGCUGCCGGCGGCGACGACCGGAUCAGCGCCCUCCCCGACGAUCUGCUCCUCCUCGUCCUGCGACGCGUCGACUCGCGCACGGCGCUCCGCACAGGGCUGCUAUCCAGUCGCUGGGCCCGCCUCCCACGCGAGCUCCCUGCCCUCGACUUGAGGGUCGGCGACAUACUACCGCGGCGCUACCGCCGAUGGGUCCUCCUCCACAGCGACAUUUAUCACAAGGGAACUCAUAUACUGUACAGACUCGACGGCAUAAAGGAGCAGCUCAUGCCUAACAUCAGGAGAUACCAGCGCCGCGCCAUGCGCGCCUUGUCCAGAUCCGUCAAUAGUCUCUUGGACGCCCAAGCUCACCGAAAAGUUGAUAGGCUGAGGCUCGAGUUCUUCAUCACCCACAACACAGCCUGCAUGAACCGGCUAAUUUCCAAGGCCAUGGAUGCUUGGGGGAUCAGUGAACUCGAGGCUGUUGCCAAGCCAACUCACUGGCAUCAAACAGUCCACACUUUUCCCAGCCAUGGCCUCUGCCAAGAUCCCCGCUCGUCAUCCCUGAGGAGCCUCAAGCUUGGAGGUUGCCUGCUCCCGCCGCUGCACGACUACAACGCGCUCUCUACGCUCGUCCUGCACGACAUACCGGAGUUGUCCGGGGCAGCCUACGAGUGCAUCUUCACCUCAUGCACGCGGCUACUGGUGCUGCACCUCGACUCCUGCAGUUGCACUAAGGAUAAGGUCGUGGUGGUGGAUGCCCCCAGCUCAGAGAUCAGAGAGCUCGUCGUCCACGAGUGCAAAUUCUCGAUGUGCCUCAGGGCACUUCCCAAACUCGAGAGCCUAGCCUCGAUCGAGACCGGAGUGCACUUCGAAUCAACUUCAUUCCCCUGCCUCAGGCGAUGGAACCUCGCACGUGACAUCGGUGUCAGAUUGGACGGAUUGCGCCAAUACUUUGCGCAGCACCUAGAACUGGAUUUGUUUCUUGAAUGCACCCCGGAUAUAAGCGACCUGAUUAUCCGCUUCACCGGACCUGACAGAUGGAUCGAGCCGUCUAGCUCCCCGUCGUCAUUACUGUUGCCUAACCUCAGGCGGCUGCUGGUCGCCGAUGUGCCUUCGUCCUGGGAUGUGUCAUGGCCCCGUCUUCUCCUUGAGGUGGCACCCUCCCUCGAGAUCUUCCACAUCCACAUUGCCCCUUGCAUGGAGGAGCCGGGCGAUGAGAUAUCAUGGCAGCCCGCAAAGCUUCGGCGGCAUCACCUGAAGGAAUUUGUAAUGGCUGGUUUUGAGGGGACGGAAAGGCAGAUUUACCUAGUCAAGUUUGUCAUGGGAGUAUGUACGGCAUUGCGCCGUGUCGCCCUGUUCAAGAGUGGACAUGCUCUGGAUAAGGGGCACUGGGACUGGGAGAUGGUGACGCAGCAAAGCACAUGGAGUGAAGAAGAGAAGGGCUCGUUGCUGGAGCAGAUCACGGAUGGGGUUUCUUCCUCCACAGCUCCUGUUCAACUGAACUUCGGCUGAUGCACUCGUGUUUGUUCAUGUCUCGCAAAGCCCCUUGCAUACACAAUGAUACCUGUGUAAAUCUCUAUUUUAUUGGGUGUAAUUAUAAUCUUUGUCACCCAAAAAUAGUGUGUUAGAUGGUGGUUUGGUUUUCUCAACGCUGCGUGCAUUUCAAUGGAACUAUGGAUAGUUUACUUGUUUUUUUA